AUGAGAACUUCAACCAUUUACGAUUUGCUGACGACAGUGCUGAUUAGUAAGAAUCAUGACGAUCUCUACUCCAUGAUUCAAACUUUAGACCAAGAGUGCCGGAAAUGUGGUCUAGAUAUGAACCAAAGCAAGACAUGUAUAAUUACGAACAGUGUAGAGAUUCCUACGGUCAUCCAAUCUCAAACAAUAAACUAUGUCAAUGAGUACAUAUAUCUUGGGCAAAGCAAAUCUUUUGAGGUUCACACAAUCAUAGAAGUGGAGCGACCAAUUAAGGUCGCUUGGAGCAAAUAUUGGGCAUUGAAACAUAUUUUUAAAUCAAAAAUACCCUUAGCUAUAAAAAAGAAGGCAAUGGACACCACAAUAUUGCCAACACUGUUAGCGGCUGAGCGAAGUAUGCUUGGCUUGAGAUUAAGUGACCGCCAAAGAAACGCAGCAUUAAGAAAUAAAACACAGUUAAUAGACGCCUCGGUACUGGCGUGCAAAUGGCGAUGGGCGGGUCAUUUGGCGCGCUCUAAAGAUGGAGCGAGCGAGUCUUGCACUGGAGGCCCCGUGACCAAAGCAGGCCGCGCGCUCGUUGGAGAGACGACAUUGAAGCCUCACAGGGCCCACUUGGACGAGGUUCGCUAA